AUGAGUACUUGGAUGCCCAUCGCCAAGGAGUACGACCCGCUUAAAGCUGGCAGCAUCGAUGGUACCGACGAAGACCCCCAUGAUCGUGCCAUCUGGCGGGCAAUGCUGGCCCGCUACACCCCCAACAAAGGCGUCACGGGCGACCCCCUCCUCACCCUGUUCGUGGCGAGGCUGAACCUGCAGACCAAGGAGGAGAAGCUGAGGGAGGUGUUUUCACGCUAUGGUGACAUCCGACGGCUGCGGCUGGUGAAGGACGUGGUGACAGGUUCUUCCAAGGGCUACGCCUUCAUUGAAUACAAGGAGGAGCGUGCGCUGCUCAAGGCCCACCGGGACGCCGACGGCCUGGUCAUUGACCAGCACGAAAUCUUCGUGGACUAUGAGCUCGAGAGGACCCUCAAGGGCUGGAUCCCGCGGCGCCUGGGCGGAGGGCUGGGUGGGAAGAAGGAGUCGGGGCAGCUGCGGUUCGGGGGCCGGGACCGACCCUUUCGCAAGCCCAUCAGCUUGCCAGCCGUGAGAACCAAUCUGGGCCGGGAGGGCAAGAGGGAACGGCGGGGGCGCUCCCGGUCCCGAGAGAGACCCUGGGAUGCCAGGCCCCGAGAUCGGGGCUGGGACAGAAGGUGGCAGGAGAGAGAGCCACGAGGCCAGGACUUUCGGUAG